CUUGCUCCGAAGUGAGGUAUUUGAAGUAAAUUUGUACAUCGAAAUUAUUUGAAAUAGUAAAUCAUGUCCGUUCCAACAGUAACUGUCAACGAGCUCUCUCAGGGAAUUCAGGACUACUCUUCCAACGAAAGCGUAAAAAAUGUAUUAGAAGGGAUUCUAAAUGAUUAUAUGGACCUACAAUACGCCAAGGAAACUCCUUACACAACAGGCAAAGAAGUUAUACCUUCUGGAUCUACCAUAAAAGACGUGGAAAACAGUAUUGAUAGUGACGCAGAGCAGAAAUUCAAGGAUAUCUUCGUAAAAAUUUCGGAAACUUACAAAAGCGGAAAUUUGACACCUCAGUCGGAAAACGAUGGUACUUGGGACCCUAAAUACAAACCCGUUUUAGUUUUCGUUACCCCUAAUAAGUAA